AUUCAUGAUAACAGAGAAAUCUACACUUGUCUUCUCAGAGAAAAAUAGUAUUUUUGAAUUUCAUACCAGUUCACCAACAGCCAAUCACAGGUAUUAGUGCAUCCAAACAAAACGAUAACCUUUUCCUCACCAUUUCCGAAGAUUCAACAUUGAGAUUAUAUGAUCUGAGAUUGUAAUCAUCUGUCAAAUUAUUCAAUCUUGGUAAACUAGAAGAAUCUCAAACUGCCAAUUGUUUACUCUCAGACACUCAAGUCUACGGAGCUAGGAAUAAUGAAGUAAUUGUUAUUGUAUACUUUUCAGAUUCAAUUAUUUGACAUAAGAUAAGACAUUAUUGUUAAAGCAUGUACCUUAAAGUCUGAAAACGAUAGCGAAAUCAACUAAAUCACCUUUGAUUCUCAAUAGCAAUUAAUUUCUGCCAACUUUGACUCGUAUUAUUAUUAUACUUCUCUAUUAUUAGUGGUUGUACAUCCAUUUUUGAUAGGCAACUCAAUGUUAAAUCCACUCUCAAAGAAGGACAUGAAAACGUAUUUAUCACUUCUAAUUUCAGAUUUGUUUUAGCGGAGAUUUCAUUCAGGAUGAGGGAGAGUAACUCUAUGUAUCUACAGGAUUCGACUAUAAAAUUAUUCUAUGGGAUUAUUAAUAUAAGCACUAAAUUGAAGAACAACCAAUACUCUAAUAGACAUCUCAAGCAAAGAUACUCUUCAAAUUUGAUUUAAGUAUAUUUUAAAUUUGAUCAAAGGCACAAUCCAUUUGUAAUAUGCACCUUUAACUGUUUCACCUCCUGUGAUUUACUCUGCAACUUCUAAAGAUAAUUCAAUCCUAAUUUCAACUGAAACUGGACAAGUGUAUUGUUUCAAAGUACAACAGCUGAAAAGAAAGAAAAAUAAGAAACCCCCAAUUCCUGAAUUUGUCAUAGAUGCUCAUAAAAGCAAAGUGAUGAGAACCACUUAUUUAAAUGAUAAAAUAGUUACAAUUUCAAAUGAUCAGACAUUCGCUAUUUGGAAUCAAUCAGUUUAAGUGUUAAGAGCAAAAAUAAAAAAUAAGCCUAAUUGGAUAGAAAGUAUCGGAAAUAACACUGUUCUUGUCAGUGACAUUUCUAAUAAAUUAUCAAUAUUUGAAAUUGUUUGAAAAU